AUGGAGAGUGCACACGAAGUUGACGUCAGUUGGAUGGCUCAGGGACCAUCGAAGGACAAGGCAGAGACCGGUAUCGUAGGGAAACUAGAUCUGUCGGGAUAUUGGAUGCAGCUCCCAGAUCUUAUCACCCUAGGCGACUACCUAGCUGUCGUGCCCGUAAGAGAGGUGUUUCUCGAAGGCUGUGGCCUGACCGACGAAGGCCUUCGCGUCGUGCUAGCCGGCUUGCUGGCCGCGAAGAAGCCGGACUCCAAAGGUCUCGGCUCCUUGUCAGCCGACACCGCAUACCUCCUAUCCAGGUCCCUCGGUGAGCGCUUAGCUGGCUCGGAUCUCGAGCUCCUUAACCUUGGAGAAACAAGCCCUGCGCCACAACAACUCGGUGUCAUCAUUGAUGGCGCUAUCAGUUGUGGUCUUCGGAGGCUAGGUCUAGCGCGCAACGAUAUCUCCGAGGAAGGCGUUGCGCAUGUCGCCAGAUAUCUAGAGGGCGGCAAAUGCGAGGGACUUGACCUUUGUGGCAACAAUCUCCGCGACCAUAUUGAUACCCUUGCGAGCGCCAUCGGUGAAGGCCAUAAGCUCUGGGCGCUGAGCCUGGCUGACUGCAACCUCGCUCCUGCAGCCGCCAUGCAGGCACUGCGGAGAUACUUGCCCAAGAUGCCAUACCUCAAACGAAUCCACCUCGCUGACGUCUCCAUGACGUCUGAACAAGCAAUCGCGCUGGCGGAAGUUUUGCCCGAAGUUCCCCAGCUAGCCCAUAUCAGCCUGCAAGACAAUCCGGAACUCGCCAAGCUCGCGGACGCCCGAACCGAAGAAGCCCAGGAAGAGGCUUGUGCGCUAUACGCCUCGCUCCUAGCCGCGGUGCGCGUGUCCAAGACCCUCGUCUCGGUAGAAAUCGACGUUCCCUCUGAAGAAUCCAGUGAGGUGGUCAAAGCCCUUGCGAAGCAGGUGGUUGCCUACAGCUUACGCAAUAUGGAACGCCUUCAAGUAGGCGACCUUGAAGACGCAGGGAUCACUGAAGCCACCGUACCGUAUCCUGAUGUGUUGGCCCAUCUCGUCGGACGAGAGGAGACUGGCUCCGGCGAGUUGGACGCGUUGGCGGAUACUGCGCCCGACGAUGACUACGUCAUUGGUGGUACAGGUGUGGUCAAGGCCCUCGCGUGCUGCCUUGAUAACAAGGGUGACGAGUCCAGGCGAGCCAGCCUUGACUCCGCCCGCGAAGUGGGGAGUGAAGUUGCCCCGCAGGAUCCGUCUCGCUUGCCAUCGGGCCGGGCGAGGAACAUGUCUAAGCACCUCCUUUCGAGCGCGCGGAAGAUCCGGGCCAGACUCCAACCCGCCCUUGCUAGGGCCAAGGAACACUCGGAAGGGCGAGAAGAAGAUUUGCGAAAGCUUAUUUUCCUCGAGUAUACUCUGAAUGGUAUCAUCAAGAGGUUCGAGGACGAGUUCCCCGAGACAAGGGAAGUCGCCCACGGCGGUCCCUGGGAGGCCGGCGCCGCCGAGGCACCUCUAAGCAGCCAGGAAGCCGUCCUGCCCCCUCCAGACCGGGAGCGGGAGGACAGCGGCCUUCUUCUCUCCGACCCCGAAGAUGAUGACAGCGCCUUACACGUGCGGUCCAUUUCUCGGUCGUCAUCGCUACAUGCCCACACAAAGCCGCUUGAUCUCGAAGAAGGACGAAUGCACCGCCGAGGCCACCGAUUCCGCACGAGUAUCAUCCAUCCGUUUGAAAAGUACGAGGAAGUGCUCGUCGCGUCUCUUGACGAAAUGGGAGAGAAUCCCAAGCACCUACAGAUGCUGCGCGACAUGAUUGAGGAUCUAAAUGACCCAGUCCUGGAUGCUGCCGUAGCCGAGAAGGGCCCUGUCCGGACAUUCAAGGAAGACAAGGAGCGUGUCGCGGAGAAGCUCAGGGCGGUUGACCCCGAGCACUGGGAGAAGUUUAGGGAGAGCCAGGUCAUGGCUAGGAAAAAUAUCAACGUUGACGAGAGCUGGCUGGCUCGCAUAACCGGCGAGGCGGCGCCAGCCGUAACCGAUCCGAAAAACGAGAGCGCCAUCGAGUAG